UGUACCAAAGAAAAUGCUCCUAACCAUGUUAUUAGCCAUCUUUCUUUGGUUCAAAGUUGCUUCUCUCAGGCUUUUGAAGAUCUAAAGCAACGAAGAUAUGAGCGCUAGUCAUUCAGAUUGAAAAAGAAGAAAAAAAAAACUGAUAUUUUGUGCUGAUUGUCACACUAAAAAGCCAGUCUUCUUCUAAAGGCUGCUUUUGCAUGGGUUAUCUCUCUUCCCAGAUUCCCAGUCAAAUUCACAACCCCCUCAUUCAAGUCCCAUUUCCUCGAUCACAUCUUUCUUUCCUCCUCCUCCUCCUCCUCCUCCUCCUCCUCAUCCUUUAAAAAAAUCUCAACCUUUUGCUCUCUUUCUUUGUGGGUGAGAUUGAUCGGAAGAUGAUGAGAAACUCUGCAGAAAAUCCUGCGGUGGCGACGGAGGUAGAGGCAAGCAGCAAGCCUGCGGGGAACGGGAUUGUGGUUGGCGGCUUGAGUCCUCUGAGUGAGACUCUUUGGAGGGACAGGGCGGUCACAGACUUCUCGGGUGACGUGUCGGCGAGGCUGACAUGGAAGGAUCUGACCGUGACGGUCACUCUCAGCAACGGGGAGACCCAGAAGGUGUUGGAGGGACUCACCGGUUAUGCUGAGCCUGGAACCAUCACCGCCCUCAUGGGUCCCUCCGGUUCAGGGAAAUCAACCCUGCUCGACGCUCUUUCUAGCCGCCUUGCAGCCAACGCAUUCCUUUCUGGUACCAUCCUCCUCAAUGGCCGCAAAACAAAGCUCUCUUUCGGGACUGCAGCCUAUGUGACCCAAGAUGAGAACUUGAUCGGCACUCUAACAGUCCGGGAGACAAUUUCGUAUUCAGCUCGGCUCCGUCUCCCCGACAAGAUGACAUGGUCAGAGAAACGUUUGCUGGUUGAGAGUACCAUAAUAGAGAUGGGUCUCCAAGACUGCGCCGAUACGGUCAUCGGAAACUGGCAUUUGCGUGGAAUCAGUGGAGGAGAGAAAAGAAGGGUCAGCAUUGCUCUUGAGAUCUUGAUGAGACCCAGAUUGCUCUUCCUCGAUGAGCCUACCAGCGGACUUGAUAGUGCCUCGGCUUUCUUUGUUACGCAAACUCUACGGGGUCUGUCAAGAGAUGGGAGGACAGUGAUAGCCUCAAUUCACCAGCCAAGCAGUGAAGUGUUUGAACUGUUUGAUCAAUUGUACUUGCUUUCUGGAGGCAAAACUGUGUAUUUUGGCAAGGCUUCCGAAGCAUACGAGUUCUUUGCACAAGCUGGCUUCCCCUGCCCUGCUUUGAGGAACCCAUCUGAUCAUUUCCUUAGAUGCAUCAAUUCUGACUUCGAUAAAGUUAAGGCCACUCUAAAAGGAUCCAUGAAACUUCGGUUCGAGACAAGUGAUGAUCCACUAGAGAAGAUUACCACAGCUGAAGCUAUCCGAACUCUUAUUGACUUCUACCGGGCGUCUCACUUCUGCUAUUCAGCGAGAGAAAAAGUUGAAGAUAUUUCCAAAGUCAAAGGAACAGUGCUAGAUGCAGGAGGCAGUCAGGCUAGUUUCUUGAUGCAAGCCUUUACCUUGACCAAGCGUUCAUUCAUCAACAUGUCAAGGGACUUCGGGUAUUACUGGCUUCGGCUUGUAAUUUACAUUGUAGUCACUAUCUGCAUUGGGAGCAUCUAUUUGAAUAUUGGGACUGGUUACAAUUCAAUUCUGGCAAGGGGAUCAUGUGCAUCUUUUGUGUUUGGUUUUGUGACAUUCAUGUCAAUUGGGGGAUUUCCUUCGUUUGUAGAAGAUAUGAAGGUUUUUCAGAGAGAGAGGCUGAAUGGCCAUUAUGGUGUAACUGCAUUUGUCAUCGGCAACACCCUCUCUGCAAUGCCAUUCCUUAUUCUGAUAACUUUCCUUUCUGGAACCGUUUGUUACUUCAUGGUCCGCCUCCACCCAGGAUUUGAACAUUAUAUAUUCUUUGUCCUCUGCCUUUAUGCCAGUGUGGCUGUAGUUGAGAGCUUGAUGAUGGCCAUUGCCAGCAUUGUCCCUAACUUCCUUAUGGGUAUCAUCAUAGGGGCUGGGAUUCAGGGCAUAUUCAUGCUAGUGUCUGGGUACUUCAGGCUUCCAAACGACAUCCCAAAGCCUGUGUGGCGCUACCCCAUGUCAUACAUCAGCUUCCAUUUCUGGGCUCUGCAGGGACAAUACCAGAAUGAUCUGAAGGGAUUGAUGUUUGACAACCAACCGCCGGCUCUCUUCAAGAUACCCGGCGAGUACAUCUUGGAGAAUGUGUUCCAGAUUGAUGUCCACCGUUCAAAAUGGGUGGAUCUUAGUGUUAUCUUCAGCAUGGUAGUCGUCUACCGCUUCAUCUUUUUCAUAAUGAUCAAAAUUAACGAGGAUGUGACCCCCUGGAUCAGGGGUUACAUGGCUAGAAGAAGACUGCAACUGAAGAAUGGCAAUCAAAAUACAACAUUUUCUCCCAAUGGGCUCACUCAAUCUCCAUCUUUGAGAACCUAUGCAAACAGUCGCACAACCGGAAGUGGUAGAAGGUAGACAGAAGAUGGACAACUACUAUAGCUAACACAUAAUAAACAAGGUUCAUUAAAAAGUCAUUUCACUAUGAACUUGAGCAAGGAAUGUAGCAAAUGCAUGCUUUGAGAGAUAAUUCGUACCAUUUUUUACCUCCACUGGUUUGGAAGGCAUGUGCUCGAUUCACGGUAUGGGAUAUGAUGAUGAUAUAAUUUGUAAUGUAAUAUUUUAAACUGCAAGUUUCUCGAUCUACACAAAUGAUUUUGAAAUGACAACAUUAGAAGGUCAAAUUUGUACA